AUAUAUAUGUAUUUACUAUGUACAGACGCGUGUGUCGCAUUUCUUAAUUGUUAUCUCUCUUGUUUUUCGUCUUCUCUCUUUCUUAUCUUUUUCUUCUUCGAAUCGAAAUGUCUUUCAGUCAAUGUUGUACGUUAGUAGAAUUUUAAUAAGCGAAAGAUUUAUUGAUAUCGUCUCAAGCCUAAUCUAAAUUUCAAUUUCUCGCGCAAUUUGCGCGUAUUACCGGCUUACAUUACUCCAGGAAUUCGGAAUAAAUUAAUUUACGCUAAUAUCGAAUCUAGAGGAACGUCAUGAUUAUGCGGCUGCAGGUGUAGAUAAUAUAUAUCUACAUCUGCAUGUACAUAAUGUGCAUAAACACGUCAAGAAAUAAGUACGAUCGAGUCGAUUCAUCUAAUAUAAAAUCGACUUUAUGACGAUAUCGUCUGCAGCACCCUAUAUAUAUAUAUGUGUGUGUGUAUAUUUAACUCUAGCGAAACGGAAAAGAUAUAAGGAAACUUUUCAUCGUGGUUUGAUGAUUUCGAGGAAGAAUAAAAAGUCUGUGUUUCCUUAAAAAUCCUUCUCUUUCUUUCUUCCUUUUUUUUUUGAUAUUGACAAUAAGAAAAAUAGAAUUUAUAGGAAGAAAAGAGAAAAAAAAAUUCUUCAAACAAAAUGUUUCAAAUGCAAACAAUAAAAGCCAAUAUAUCUCGAUCGCACUUUCUUCCGAUAGGAUCUUUUCAAUUAUCUUCGUCAAAUGGAACGGAUAUAAUAAAUAUUUGCUAUUUUUUAAUAUCUGCACCAUAAGUUACUAUCGUUAUAGACGCAAGGAGAAAAAAGUUGUAUUCUCUACUUGUAGAGAUCUUUCUUAUAUUUUUACAACAUCCGAAAAGAAUAGGAAAAACAAUUGGAACAUUCAACACGGAGAAUUACAACAAAAGUUAUCGUCGAAUAAUGAAAUGUAGUUCCACGCAUGGGCUACGCCAGCAGGAUAUUCUGACCGUAAAAGUCUCCUCCUCUCACAUUGACGAACUUGAAACGCAAUGCAAAGUUUCGAGUCCAGUUUGUCGACGUUAUAGUCGUUGAGUUAUAUCGAGUAUAAUCGUUCACGAUUUUGAUGGUAACGUUUAUGCGUUGAAAUAUAUUUCAACGGUAAGCUCGAUAACGAGGACGUCACUCAUCGUAAAAAGCGGUACGAAAGAACUGUCCAUCUUCAUCGAGAGAGAAAGAGAGAAAGAAAAAGAGAGAGAGAAGUGUAAACGAAAAGGACACGGAGACACGGAUGAAUAAAAUAGUUCGACUUUCGUAGUGCUCGAUCUCAAUCAUGUUUGGAGAAUCGGACGGUUCGUAAAGGAAAAGAUUUGUUUGAUCUCGACAUAGAUUUUCAACGAUAUCUCGAAGAAUAUUAAACGUAAUUCGGUGAUAAAAGUGAACUAAAGUCAUUUCUAUCUGGUAAAGAUAGAAUAUUACUAUCUCGGAUAGUCUCGGAAGAAAAUACGAUUUUCAAUUUUGGAUCCUUUGUAAGGAAUCGUAACGAAUGUGAUCUCUAAUCAAAGCGAAGAUAUAAGAAAAAUCAAUUUUCUUAUUUCUUUUCCACCGGAAACGAGUGAGUCCUGGAAAAAAUCUUUGGAAAUUAUUUUAUUGAUGUAAUAAUCAUAUAUAAGAACCAUUAAAAGGAUAAAAUCACCAAGGAAAUAUGUCGAGAGUUAAAGAUAUAUUAAUAACGGCAUUUACAUUGCUAUUAUCAUUUAGCUUGGUGGCUUCCAUUGGCGAAGAGUGUAAGAUCGAUAAUAAACGCGUUACAUGCCAGUGCGAUGGGACUCAGAAGUUGUAUCUACCAGACGAAUACAAUUAUAAGAACGUGACGAGUCUGAGUUUAUCGUCGUGCUUGACGGCAAAUCUACUCUUCUCCAGUUUCACCGAGGAAAAUCAACUCGAAGAGCUCGUUGUAAAGAACAUUAACGAACCUUUUACUUUGGAAUUGUUUCUUAAUUCGGUCGAAUUGAAACGAUUCGAAUUGUCGAAUAUAAAGAGAAUACCUUUUGUCAUGCACGACACAUUUUUGAAUAUAAAAAACAUCGAACACUUUGAGAUACGAAAUGUUCACAUCGAUUAUUUCGAAGAACAGUUUACGGCGAUUAAAACGAACCACUUUGUUAUGGCUAAUGUUACGAUAUCCCGUAUGGAAGGAUUCAAUAUAUCGGAAAAGGGUGAAACUUUGCAAAUAAUCAAUUGCGAAUUUCGAAACAUCUCGACGUUGUUAAACUUUGGACACUUUACCAAAGUGGAGAUCGUUAAUUCGAAAUUUGCGUUGCAGAAAUCGGGAAAUCUUUCCAUUGGAAGCGACCUAGCGAUAAUUCGAGACAAUAUUUUCUUUAACGUAAGCAUGAAUGUCUUCGGUGCGAAGAAUAUAAAGAUAAAUAGCACGUGUGCAGAUGGUAAAAGUUCUCUCAGACUGUCGUCGAAUAAAAUCGAGAGUUACGGUAACAGAUUGCCCACGGCUAUCAUUUACACGAGAGGUCAACCGUCAAAUCAAUCGCCAAUCGUUUUGGAAAGCAACAAUACCAUUUGCAAAGCAGGCAAUUGCAAAUGUCCAAAAAGCAAUGGGGAAAAUGGAAAUAGACCGAGCAUAAUCAUAUGUUUCUUUGAGAUACUUUUAUUCUUCGCGUAUUCGAUAGUUCGUCCGUAAUUAAUUCGAUCUAAAAGACGUCUGUGUGUAGUAUUCACCGAAGAACUGACAUAAUUCAAAAUCUACACAACAAUUGAGUUUAUUCGAAAUAUACAAAAUUCUAAAAAUAUCUAAUAAAUAUCAGUAUUACUACGUAAAAAUAUUUUAUGCUACAAGAAACAACGUUAUUAGGAACUAUUUCAUUAUGUAUGUGAUUAGUUUUGAAAUUAUGCGCAAGGGUGCACUUUAUAGACGGGAUAUAAUCUUUCGAAAAAAAAUCAGUGCAUUACAGAGGUACGAUAUGAUCGGUUCGUUAUUUUAUCUAUUAUCGUAUCUUAAAUCUCAUCCACAUCUUCGUAUCGUCGCGAAUAUCGUCAUUAAUCUAUGUAGUUUUAUUCAUGCAUCCGUAUCGGUCCAAACUCCAGAUGCUUCCAUUUGCAAAUCGAUAGCAGUGGAAUGAAGCGAUAACGAGUCUUUUAAGUCAUUAAUCUCUUGUAACAUCAGUCUGUUAUUUUCUUCUAAACGGCAUAUCGUUUGUUUAUACAACAUUACUUCUUUUUCAUGAUCAGUCUGUGCCUUUUGUAUUACUUUCUCUUUAGGUACAUAUGUACCUACAUGAAAAUACAAAGGAAAGGAUUGAAAAGCAUUAAUUGAUAAUAAUCAUAGAUUAAGUAAUAAUAAAUUUUGAAACUAUAUGAACCAGCAGAUUUCUGUAACUGUUCCCGUAGUUUAUUACCGCUCUGUAUGAUCCUUCUUAAUUCGUGUUCGUGUUGACUGUCCUUCGAUAACGAUUGCUUCUUUAACUUGGUUACCUGCAGUUUAAGACUAACUUGUUAGAUAUUCUAACAUCUUUGAUAUUAAAAAUAAAUCAUAUAUAACUUAUAGUUGGUCACCUCAUUUUUUUCUUGUUUUAAAUCACGUAAAAUGGCAUCAUUUUGUACUUUUAGUCUUCUUUCCUUUUCCCGUAUUUGUGCCAACAUGGUAUGUCCUUUCUGCAAUUCUUCCUUGAGUCGUUUAACAUGAUUCUAUAUUUAAAACGAAUCUAUUAAUUGUUACACGAUCGAUUAAUUAUUAUAGAAUUAUCAUAAAUAUUAAUUUACUUACUGUUCAAGGUAUAUCCCUAUGCAGCAUGUAAUUAUAUGUAAUAUGAAUAAAGAUCUUAUAAUUUUGA